UCUCAAACCUCAUAUUCUUGCUCAACACAACGAUAGUUUUAUUUGGCAACUUCCUCUUCUUCGGCAUAACGAUAGAACCAUGCGCCCUAUACCCCCAUUCAUCACACCUAGACUGCUCUCAUCAAUCCCUUCAGGCAGAUCUACAACUACAUUCCGCACGCGACAAGGGCCAUGUCUCCUAUGCAUCCACAGAAUCUCCACCCGGUCGUCUCCACGCCUCCAGCAAUCCACCACCACUUCAAACACGACCAAAGAGGAUACUAGAGCCGCACCGCAAACCCACUACACUUUCUUCCCGAAAUCCCUUCCAGCCGGGCCGCCGCCGCAGGGUGAUUUCUCGAUAGAUCUAUCCGCGCUGAAGCGAGAAUUUCUGCAACUGCAAGCGCGCGCCCACCCAGACUUGCACCCUCCAGCGGACAAGAGCAAGGCGCAGGCGCUCUCUGCGCGGAUAAAUGAGGCAUACAAAACGCUAUCAUCUCCACUGUCGCGGGCGCAAUACUUGUUGACGCUGCGGGGGAUCGAGGUCGCAGAAGAUGAGACGGCCAAGGUGGAGGAUCCGGAGCUUUUGAUGGAGGUACUGGAGACGAACGAACGGAUUGAGGAGGCGGAAUCGGAGGAUGACCUCGUGGUUCUUAAGAAUGAGAAUGAAGCGAAGGUGAGACGGAGUUUGCAGAUUCUGGAAGAGGCUUUCCGGGAAGAUGAUGUGGAUGCGGCGAAACGGGAGGCAGUCAACUUACGCUAUUGGGCGAAUAUUGGAGAAAGUCUUCAUGCGUGGGAGAAAGGGAAGCCGGUUCAAUUGAUACAUUAGGGUUGGCUUACGAGCAAGAGCAGAGGCGGAAGUGUAGAAGGAUGCGAAAACGUCUACCUGACGGUGUAUAGAUUACCGAGUACAUGAUACCCAACUUCAUAGUUCGAUUCUGGGGCACGGCGCCUUACUGGUCACAUUGAUAUUGACACUGUACUACCAUUAUAAAUGCAAUAGGGUGAAACUCAAGGCUAAGCUUUGUUCCCAAAUAAGGAGUACUUCAAAGCAUCAUCUAUAGCGCAUUGUGUGUAGGUAGGUACUAAUAACUCCAUCCAUCAGAGGAACGAGUAAUUGAU